CGGCUUUUGAAAACUUUCCACGGAAUUUUCAAAAGCGAUGUCUGUUUCCGCGCGUCGAAAUACUUCAUGUCUAUGUAGAAUAAAAAGUGGCUACGAAGAUAGAAGAAAUGGAGUAUCAUUUGUUAUACAUAGGAAUGGUGAUUCGUUCAACCCUGGAAGACGAAUUUUUAUAAAUCAUCGACUAGCUUUAACAUGGAGUUCUUUUAUGGAGCAGCUGCGUAAGCGUUUGGGACAGUAUGUACCAGCCAUUCGAUGCAUUGUUUCUCCGAAUUCUGGAACUCAAAUACGAGAUGUUAGCGAACUGCAGGAGAAUCAUAGGUACAUCGCAGUACCUAGAGGCGAAGUUCUGAAACUAUUAGAUUAUCAAAAGAUUGAUGAAAAGGCCCGACAUCCAUCGAAAAGUCGUACAUCAUCAGAAUUGUUUGAAAAAUAUUGGCGAAAACGGCAUAUUCGACUUCGCAGUCAAAUGGGUAGAAUAUCGGAUGGAUUUGGACGAAAUGUUAAAGUGAUAUUUGUUUAUCGGAAUGGUGAUACAUUUACACCAGCUAUACGCGUACACCUAAGACCUAUUCAAACAAUGGAUUUUGAAUUGAUAAUGCGUGCUAUUGAAGAUUGUGUUGUUCUACCACAGGGCAAAGCUGUUCGAAGGUAGAUUCAUAUUUACUUGGUUAUGUCA